AUGGCGACAGCGAGCAGUGCCUCAGGGCAGCAGGCGUUCGCGCCGGUGCUCGCGGCCCUCGCGACGAUGCAGAGCAGUGUAUCUCGGCAAGAAAAGACACACGCCCAUGAGUUUCUCGAGAAGUUCCAGAAAUCAACGGAGGCUUGGACGACGACACACGCGAUCCUCCAGACCGCAGAUGCGCAGGUCGAGGCUAAGCUGUUCGCUGCAACUACAUUAAAGGGAAAGAUUACAUACGAUCUAGAUCAGCUUCCCGAGUCCGCUCAGCCUGAAUUAAGGACGUCUAUACUUUCUCUCUUGUCAAACUAUAGAUCAGGACCGAGGCCGAUACGAACACAGCUAUGUGUUUCCCUGGCCACCCUUGCGAUCCAGAUGACCACAUGGAAAGACGUCCUGCCCACCGUUGGCUCCGCCCUGGGCAACGAAGCGGGAGACUGUGUCCUCGAAUUUCUCAAAAUCCUUCCCGAGGAAGUCAUAGAAGGGCGCAAAAUCAACCUGACUGAAGAGGAGCUAUCUGCUAGAACAAAGGAGCUUUUGGAAGACAAUGCAAGUCAGGUCCUAGGUCUCCUGACGCAGUAUUCUCAGUCCUCUCCUUCUGCUGCAACUAAUCCGAUUCUCCUUGAAUGUAUCACCUCAUGGAUGCGUGAGAUCCCAGCCGCCCAGGUUGUUGAAUCCCCUUUAAUGGACGUCAUCAUGAAGGCUCUAUCCGAGGAACGAUCCUUCGAGGCAGCAGUGGACUGUAUAUGCAUGAUCUACAGAGACACACUUGAAGUCGAUGAUUCGAUGAACGUCAUUCAAGCUCUAUACCCCAGGAUAAUUGCACUGAGACCUAAAAUCAGGGAAGCGGCAGAAGCAGAAGAUGUUGACAUGCUACGAGGACUCACUCGAUUGUUCGCGGAAGCGGCAGAGGCUUGGGUUCUUCUGAUAGCACGCCUACCCGAUGAGUUCAGGAAUUUGGUGGAAGCCGUUCUGGAAUGUUGCACCGUCGACAAGGACCGUGAUGCCAUUUCAAUCACCUUUGUCUUCUGGUAUGAACUUAAGCAAUACCUGACUCUCGAGCGAUAUGCAAGGGCCAGGGCAAGCCUUGGAGAUCUAUUCUCAAAACUCGUGGACGUCAUGAUCAAGCACCUGGAAUUCCCAUCCUCAGAUGGAGACGAGAAUGAUCUAUUCGACGGUGAUAGGGAGCAGGAAGAAAAAUUCCGCAGCUUCCGACACGCCAUGGGCGACGUUCUCAAGGACUGUUGCGCAGUUAUCGGAGUCUCUGAGUGUCUUGGAAAGUCAUAUAACCUUAUUCAAGCCUGGGUUGCAAAAUACGGUCCCCAGGCAAGACACGAUCAUGUACCACGUUGGCAGGAACUGGAAGCUCCCCUUUUCAGCAUGCGCGCCAUGGGAAGGAUGGUAGAGGCGGAAGAAAGCUAUGUGCUUCCCGAAAUCAUCCCACUCAUUGUUCGCAUACCCGAUCAGGAGAAGGUUCGCUUCCAGGCAAUUAUGGCUCUUGGUAGGUACACCGAAUGGACCGCGCAGCACCCCGAGACGCUGGAGGCACAGCUCAACUACGUUAUUUCUGGAUUUCAACAUAAGUCACAGGAAGUCGUGCAAGCAGCAGCCCUUGCAUUUAAAUUCUUGGGAACAGACUGUCAGAAAUUAUUGGGCGACCAUAUCCCACAGCUCCAUACCUUCUACGAGGCCGUCAUUGAUGGUUUGAAACCAUCUAGUCAGGAAGAGGUCACUGAGGGUGUUGCGGCCGUUCUUGCAGUUCAGCCGAUUGAAAAGAUAUACGAAGGAUUGAAACUGUUCUGCAACCCCCUUAUGUCCAGAAUUAUGACCUUAGCCAAUAAUGCCCAAGAUGAAGAAGGCCAAAAGGCCGUGGCAGAUCACUUGCAAUUAAUCGCAAUAUUUAUUCAGGUUGUCUCUCCUUAUGUCGACCCUGGAAAGGAGAAUCCUGGAGUCAAAUAUUGCGAGGAGAUAUUACCCGUUCUCAGCACAAUAGUUAUGAAUUUCACCAAAUCCACCCCAAUCCUUGAGAGAGUCUGCCGAUGCUGGCGUUAUAUGAUAAUCUCCUACCGCAAUGCGAUGACUCCUCUUCUUCCAGCUCUUGCGCAAAGCAUCUCCGCCGGCUUCGAGGCAUCUAAAGAAGGGUGUUUCCUAUGGGCAACAGAUGCUAUUGUACGGGAAUUUUCCUCUGGAGCAGAGCUUGUCGACAACCCAACCAGCAUUGCUGUUUAUCAGUUCUUCGAGCAGCAAGUUGUGCUCUUCCUCCGAAUUCUUAAUGAUUUACCCCCACAUCAUCUACCCGACAUGAUUGAGGAUUUCUUCAGAUUAACAACAGAUGCAGUCCGAUUUUUCCCCAAGAAUACCGUCACGUCAUCUCUCUCUGUUCCAAUUUUCUCCGCUGCUUUGAGUGCACUCACUCUUCAGCAAAUCGAACCCCUUACCGCCACGUUACAAUACCUCCGCGACUUGAUCAGUUUUGGAUUUGAAAAACCAGCCGUAUCAAACUUCACGACUCCAGAGGGCGAGGUAUACACGAACUCACCAGAGAUUAGAGAAGGUGUGAAGCAAACAAUGGUAUCACAGGGCUCGCUUCUUGUGCAGCGAGUAUUAACAGGAAUGAUGUUCACAUUCCCUGGUGAUUGCUUCCCUGACGCUUCGUCGGUCCUUAUGUCAUGCUUUGAGCUAGUACCCGCUGAGACAGCAAGCUGGAUUGAUGUUACAAUUCAGAUGCUGCCUGCAGGCUCAGUCAAACCUGGCGAGAGUGAACGCCUGAUGAAAUCACUCUCAGAAUACGCUCAACUUGGUGAUAUGAGGAAAAUUAGAGUUGUCCUUCAAGGUUUGUUACCCACGGCCCACGCUUUUCUGACAUCCCAACCUUACCAAGUUCAUUACCGCUAA